AUGGCGUGCAAGUGGAUGGGCGGUGAUGGACGCAGAUGGGACGUCCGGCGGCAGACGAGCGGCGAUGGUGGCUGGCAGAGGGCAAGUGGGCGACCUAGGCUAGGGAGUAGCUGGGUUUGUGGUUACUCGAUGACAUUAGGGAAGGAUAAAGUGUUUCGAAUUGAAGCAAGAUCGAUGUUAGAGGUGUUUCAACUAGCUUGGGAUAAGGGCUAUCAACAAGUUGAGCUUGAAUCAGAUAAUGCUUUGUUAGUUGAAUUAAUGUUAGCUGGUAACUCUACUGCUAGUCAUAUUGCAGAAUUACGUGCUUUUCACAAAAUUUUGCAUAGAAAUUGGAAAGUUCAUAUCCGCCACAUUCCCAAAGCUCCCAAUGAAGUUGUAGAUUUUAUGGCAAAACAUGCUGCCUCAAGUUUCACAAGUAUCCAGGUGUUCUCCAUCCCUCCUCAAGCUAUAAGGAGGUUGAUUCAAAAGGACAAUUUGAGUUUUAAUUUAUGA